AUGGCCGAGUCAUUACCCUCGAUCAGGGAAUACAUUGGCUAUGAUCCCGCUGUUCAGUCCUACACUCGCCCGAAAGUGUUUGUAGAAUCGCCGGAGGGGAUCCCGGCGAUAAACGAACACCUCGCAGGCUUGAAUGCUAACGACGCCCAGUCUCUUCAUCGGACCUUCAAUAGAGUGCAAGUCUGGGGUGAAGGCGUUGAAAUAGCCUUUGCUCAGCCAGUUCAGGUUUCUUCUGAAUCCGUCACCGCACCUUCCCUUCAAGCCCCCAUCGACUUCGCUCUUGACGAGAGUACUCCUUCUUUUCGAGGGCGCUCGCGACAAGGCAGAAUCUAUGACCCUAGCAUACCCCGUCUUCCAACCCCGGACAUCGAAACCGGAGUGUACGGCAAUAGUUACGAUGAUGCUGUUGGUAUACUCGCUAGCUACUGGAAACCACCACCCGGAGAUGCAGGCAUUCCACGUACAAAUGAAGAAAAGAGGAAAAUUGUUCGAAGACUUCGCGAUGCAGUCCUCAACAAAAUUAAUACCGGAGAUAACAAGGGGAGAGGUUAUGCGGCUCGUUGGGGUUUAGAGAGUGAACAGUUCUACCAGAACGCGUGGGUGGAUCGAAUCUGCUGGGAAGUCCUAAACGAGACGAUUAAACUCCAUGAAGAGGGGUUUACUGUGCCCAUAUUCGAUAAAGAUCUUGAUGCCCAUGUUGACAAGAAACUCGAUUUCUCAGAGCGAAUCGAUGCAUUGGUGAAAUUAUUUCAUGAUUGGAAGUCGGUUUGCGAUUCACUCAUGAAGAUGGAGAAGAUUGUGCACUAUGUUGCCGGGCCAAUCAAAUACUAUCAGCGCUCAGGGAGCAAUAAGAAAAACAACGCCCACAAGAAACGAACAUUAGAGACAUGGAAAGCGGAUGCGCAGGGACGUAAUUUUAGUACGAUUCCAACACCUACUCGAGAGAAAGGCAACGGAAAGACCCUGAAUGCACUAGCUCAUGGCAGAGAACUCAACGCACUUGCACGGCAACCACAUAUGUCCGCCCUUGGCGCAGGCUUCAAGCACGGGCAGCAUCGCGAGCUACCUAAUCCAAGACAAUACUGUGCUAAGGUAUGGCCCUCUGGCUGA